AUGCCAGAUGGAUCUAUGGUAUGCUUCACAAUUGCAAAUAACAAAGAAAAAAUGAGCAAAUGGAAUCUCUUCAGGAGAAUGCGAAGCGAUGUUUCCAUUGUUCAAACUAUCAAGAAUGAUGACACGUACUUGGAGUUAUGUGCAUUGGUCGAGCGAAUGAAGAAAAGCACGUGGAAACGCUCAGAUGUUAACUUCGAAGGAGAUGCACGUUCUUUUUCAAAACUCAACAAUUUGGAACAAAACAUUAUUUUCAUGACCUCUGGUUUCUUCUUAACGAUCGAUAGCGUGGUGAUGGACUCGCUCAACAACUCACUCGUGAAAGAUCUCGAGCUGCUCUCAAGGAAGAACAAGCAAUUAAAAAAAGCUCUUGAAUUCUACGUAGAACAAAAUCGCCACGAAGAGGUUCACGAUGAGUUCUACAAAGACAUGGGCAAGACACACUUUCCACAUUCUUAUGAUACGGUGCUUAAACGAUGCCAUGAAGACUUUUUAGAAUUCAAGAAGGUGUUUGAUUUCUGUCGACGAUUCCAACAACGCAAACGACCUCUUGGUGAGCGGCUCUUCGCCUAUGCCUUGAUCGAAUGCAUCGUGUUCUUCCCAUUUUUUGCCGCAAUAAUCCGUCAUCGAUUUAGCGGAAAUAUUCCGAGCACUGUAUCUGGCAAUCACUGGGUUUGUAACGAAGAGGCCAUGCACGUCCUCGGCCACUCGUGUAUUUUCAAGCUCGUGGGUGGUGUGAGUGAUUCGCAGGCCAAGAAGAUAUGCGAUGAACUGGUCUUUCUUGUCAAAGACAUGUGGACAUCCCGUAUCUUAAGAUACGGUGAGAAUGAUGUGAAUGGGUUCACACUCGUGAUGGUCUGUGAAUACAUUGAUGAUCUUAGCGAGUUCAUGCUCGGACUGACAGGAUUCAAAGAACCACGUGUGAUGAAAAGCCCAUUUCGCUACAUGAACUACCUACAGUCAUACACAAGAGCAAACUUUUUUGAAACACGAGUCAUCGAGUACGAUGCUCUUCACGAUGUGAAUUACCAUGAUGGGGUUUUUAACAAUAGUAAAGAAUUGAAAGCAUGUAAAGAAUAUUUUUAUUAA